AUGGAUCACAAAGAGUGCGCGAAAAUUGAGCAAAAAAAGGAAAGUGUUGGGUUUGAGCCAAGCACAGAAUUUGUGGCCGGAAGUGUGCAUUCGAAGAAGAAGCAAAAGCAGAAGCAGAGCCAGACGCAGCAGAAGCGGCCAAAGAGCCAGGAACCAGCCAGUAAUAACAACAAAUGCGGCCCUCGUCGCAGCUGUGUAAACAGCAGCAAUAACACCAACAACAACAUCAACAACAACAGUCCCAUUGCUGCUGACGCGCGAAGUAAAAGCAAAGUAAACAGCAACGCCUUCACAUUGGAUUACGCGCAGUUAUACUUUAGACCGGAGCCAAUUAGUGGCCAACAGCAACAACAACAACAGCAGCAAUUAGCUCAACAACAGACACAGCAGACGCAACAACAGCUGCAGUUGCAGCGACAGCAACAGCAGCAAGUGCAGCAGCAAUUGCUCGCCCAACAGCAGCAGCAAUUGCAGAUCCAACAACUGCAGCAACAACUGCUGCUGCAACGGCUCGAGCGUGAGUUGCAGCAGCAACAGCAACAACAGCAGCUAGCCCAACAGCAGCAACAAUUUCUCUACCAUCAGCGUCAAUACUACGAGCGUCUGAGCACCACUCCGGGCUCGCGUCAUCGCUGGCUGCCUACUAGCAAUCACUACGAUUAUCUGCCCCUGCUGCAGCAACAACACCAGCAGCAACAGCACCACCACCAACAUAGCCAGCAACUGCAACAGCAGCAGCAACAGUACAGCUAUUACUUCAGUCGCGGCAGCAGCAGCAGCAGCGGGCUGGGGCUAGGCUUGGGCUUGGGCCUGGGUUUCGGUCUGGGCGGCAGCAAUCUAACCAGCUGGUACCAUCUGCCCUCCACCUCGGCGCACAUCUACAUUGGCAGCAGCAGCAGCGGCGGCGCACCAUAUCCGUAUCGACUGGGAUACAGCGGUGGCGGUUAUCCGGCAGCAGCGCUGAUUAACUUUGACACAUCGCCAACUCCGCUGCUAGCAACAUCGGCGGGCAGCUCACCUGGCUAUCUACCAGCUCUGCCGGCACCAGUGUUGCCACCUCCACCACCGGCGCCCAGUGUAGCCACCGACUACUAUUUCAAUAGCAGUGCCAGCAACAGCCGGACUCCUGCUGCAAUCAGCACAGGAACAGCCACUGCAACAGCAGCAGCAACAGCCACAGCCGCAGCAGCAGUUGCAGCAACAACCUCAGCGGCCGAACAUUUUCGGGAGUUCACAGCGGUCACAGCAGCAGCAGCAGCAGCGGCGGCAGCAGCAGCGGAAGAGGAGCUACAAACUGGCGGCUAUCGCUAUAAGGCAACGCCACGCCGGCGAUACGACGCCUACGACAACUACGGCUAUCUGCCGGGCCUUGCUAGCACCACCGAAGACGAGGACGAUCUGCUUGAGGAGUGCCUGCCAACGGCAUUGCUAUCCACGGACUGCGAAAGCCUUGAGGACGUACGCUUUCUGCAGUACAACAGCAACCAUCAUCCAGAGUACGACGACGACGACGACGAGGAGGCACAGCUGGCGCACAUACUUGAUCUUGAUCUGCCCGAUUUUCUACGCCCUUACAGCGGCAGCAGCAGCGGCGGCGGCGGAAGCAGACACAGCCACAAAACGCCGCCGCAACACGAAUAUCAAACGGAGCACGGCGGAGCAGCCGGAGCAGGAGCAGCAGCAGCCACAGCUGCUGGCGGAGGAGGAACAGGAGCAGGUGCUGGUGCAGGAGGAGGAGGAGGCGGAGGGGCCAACAGUGAAACCGGCAGCGGCAAUCAGUCGCAUCGCGAAGCGGAACAACAUCGCUAUCAUCACUACCAACAACAGCAGCAGCAGCAGCAACAACAUCAGCAACAUUAUAAUCAACAGCAGCAGCAACAACAGCAAUACCAUAGCCAACAGCCACAUCAGCAACACCAACAGCAACAUCUGCAUCUGCCAGGACAUCAAUCGCAACAACAGCAAGCCUAUCAGUCCUACCAAUAUCCAUCGCACGACAGCUGCGAGGGAUUCAAUCAGUUUGCCAACAACGCCAGCAGCUGCCUGGGAAAUCAGAGAAUGAUGGUUAGCAAAUUGUGGAACAGUUGCUUUCCGGAGUUUACUCCGGAUCAUGUGCAUCGCCACAACUUCUAUCUAUGCCAGUGGCAACGCAAUACGCAGGUUCGAAUUGUUUACCUAUUCUAUCGCUGGAUAACGGCCAUAACAUGCCUGGCGGCAUUGGUGUGCUCCCUGCUAGACAUUGGCCGGACUGAGGAGCAUUUCGAGCACCACUAUGCCAAGUGGUGGAUAUAUUUGACCCACUGGGGCCUGCUCUUCUGCACGGUGCAGGCGUGGUUAGCCGCUUGGAUAGUGACCCAGGGAAUGAUGGUCGAACGCGAGGAUUUUGAAAUUGUCCGACAAGCGAAGAAGAGUCGACUGCAUCAUCUCUACUGGGUUCUCUACACCUGUGCUACAGUAUAUGCGUUCAUCGUUACUAUGUGCUACUGGCUGCUUGUGCACAAUCCGGACCAUCACAAGAUUGAUGCCCUCAACAUUAUGGUGCAUGUGCUGAAUUCGAUUAUAAUGCUCAUCGAUCUUGCUAUUGUGGGACAUCCAAUAAAGAUGAGCCAUGCCUACUUUACCACUGGCAUUGGCCUCGCAUAUGCCAUAUUCACGGGCAUCUAUUUCUUAGCCGGCGGCACAGACAGGAAAAACCAAACUGCCAUCUAUCCGAUGAUGGACUGGACCAAGCCGGGCAAAGCCAUCAUUGUAACGGCGUGCGCCAUCAUCUUUACGUUCUUCGUUCACUUCUGCUGCUAUCUGCUCUAUCGCGGACGCGUCUGGCUCUUCACCAAGCUCUGCAUCCGGGGACGCCACAAUCGGGAUGGCGAAAUGGGCGAGGGUCUCAACGACGAUUCGGGUUCGCGCAUGGGUGGAGGUGGUCCUAGUGGCGGCGUUGCUGCUGCUGUGGUUGGCGGCGGGGGCAGUAGCCAGGAUUAUGCGCACCAGCAGCAGUAUCCGAUUGCGCAUACAGAGCAGCCGCGUGUCAUCUCACAGCAGCCGCCGGCCAGCUACCAGCUGCCUCCACAAUACUCGGGCUAUCUGCAACAGCCGGUCGUUGCUGGCGUCAAUGUGGGCGUGGUCAGUGCGGAAGGCGUUUAUCAACCGAUCGGCACCGAUUCAGGACGCACAAGCGGUGGUGGAGUUGGAGCAGUUAGUGGAGGAAGCGUCAGUGGAGCUGAUGGCUCAAAUAAGCAUAAGAGCUCCGGUUCGGGUUCUGGAUCAGCACUGACGCGUACUGUGGCCCAUUUGGAUGCUGCGCAGCGGGAGCAGUUCCUUAAUCCCAACAAGAUCGUCGAGUAUAAGAUGUAAAGGCGUUGUACCCGGCACCGGUAUACGUUCCACUUGUCCAUGAAGUUUCUGGAGAAGCAUUGUGCGCAAUGCGAGGCGGCUCGCCAGGCCGUCAGUGAGGAGCAGCGCCAUCUGGCGUCGAGUGAAUCGCAUCCGCACAGUGGUUAGUUUAAGAUUUGAAGUUUAGCAGGUUGAUUUCGAUAAGCAUCAACGUACCAGAGCAUGUUGACAGAAGGAAGCUUAGUUGAAGCAUGCCUGGUAUUUGGCCUAUAUUCAGUAUAUAUUCGGUAUACAGUAUUCAGUAUUCAAUAUUCAGUAUUCGUAACUGUAAAGUAGUUUCGUAAUUUUGUAAACGCUUUGCCACGUUUUUUGUUUUUUGUAUGUGUAGCCGCUUUGUCAGCUGCAGUAGUAAUUCAUUUUGCGCGUCAACCAAUAUACAUUAUAUGUAAUAACUUUUAAAUAGUUAUGUAUGUAUUGUAUGUAUGUGUAGUUGUCGUAUCCUGAAUAGAGUUUAGCCAAACUCAUCGAUUUUAAGCAGUUUUAAAUGUUUUCCAAUGGACUAAGUUGAACAUUUGUAUGUCACAACUCACACACAAAAAACACCCUUAUACUAUAAUUUAAUUCACAACAAUUGUGUUCAAGAGAGAAGUAGAAAGAAAACUUUAGAAACACAAACACGUAGUUCAUUUAUUGAUAUUUUGAUACACAAGCAUUAAAGCUCCUGAAAAAAGAUAAAAGAACAUACUGCCUGAGGAUGUGGUACAGUCGUACACUCACUAACUCACAAGUAUUCGUACUCAUCUCGAAUUUGUAUUCCUAUGUUUGCUUUAUACACAAAAUUUUAUAUAUCGGUGCAGGUGUAAAAAAUGCGCAUGCCAAGCGUACUGUUGCAAACACAAUUUUUCAUUUGCAUGUUGUUCAUACUUUGGACACUGUGCACUCGCUUGUGACGUGAAAAAAAGAACACUAUAAAAAGUAAUUGUUGAUUUAAAAACAUGCUUGGCAUUGCUUUAAAAAAGAAACCAAAAACUUUGAAUGAAACACAAAAUAUGAAGUUGUUAACAAUAAAAUGAAUAUUUUCUAGCAGUUCAUAAACUGCAAAAAAAAAACAAAGAAAUGAUGAUAAUAUAUGCAUUAAAUGAUAAUCGCA